AUAUUUAGUUGCUUCUAUUACACUUUUCGGGGUAGUUAGAAACUGGUCACGAUGCGAGUUCAUAUUCGGAUCUUGUGUUUUGUAGUUUAUCUUUUUCAAAUAUGUAGAAGUGCAAAUAUCUUAUAUUUGGCUGGAAUUCCGUCACCAAGUCAUGGAAUAUGGAAUUUCAGACUCAUCGAAGAACUUGCUGCAAGGGGCCAUAACCUUACAGUUCUCUCAGUCGACAAAGCUAGGAAGCCAAUUCCAAAUACUCAGAUUAUAGAUAUGGAAGAAAUUUACGAAGUGGUUCACGAUAAUUCUGAGUUCAAUAUAGGUGAUUUCGUGGCACCUGGAGUGUUCGAAGAAGUUCAGAUAGUCUUCGAUUUAGUGUAUAAAAGUUGCAAACUGAUUGGCGAAUCGAAAGGCUUCAAGAAAUUGCUGAGCUAUCCAAAUAAUCAUAAAUUCGAUUUGAUUAUAAAUGACAGCACUAUUUUCGGCUGUCUAGUGGCCUUCCUCCAUAAGUUUAACUAUCCGCCAUUGGUUAAUGUUUCUCCGUACAAGUACACUCCGACAAUGGCUGAGUCUACCGGAGGACAUAUUUAUGGAGCAUAUAUCCCUGGUCCUGUUCAUCCGUUUGGUGUCAAUAUGUCUUUCAUGCAACGAUUGGAGAAUACAGUUGUGGGUCUUUAUGAAAUAUUAUAUCGAAGAUUCAAAUUCCAGUCUAAAUUCGACGAACUCGUUGUUUCAAUGACCGGCAUGCAAGAUCUUCCUAGCACUUUUGACCUGAUCCAAAAAGCAUCACUCACACUCCUCAACAUUCAUCCUGCGACGGAUUUCCCCUUACCUUUACCGCCCAAUGUUAUCGGAGUUGGUGGACUACAAAUUUCUGACCCUAAACCUCUUCCAGCUGAUUUGGAAAAGUUCAUCCAAGGCUCCAAAAAGGGUGCUGUGUUAAUAGCGUUUGGGACGAAUGUUCGUAGCGAUGUAUUUGAGGACGAUAAGCAACAAAUGGUGAUAGAUGUAGCGAAGAAAUUCCCGGAUUUUAACUUUUUGUGGAAAUUCGAGAAGGACCCGACUGAGGGAAAGGUGCCCAAUUUGUUAGUGAGAACAUGGUUACCGCAGAAUGAUAUUUUAGCUCAUCCAAAGACCAAGGCAUUCAUUUCUCACGGAGGCGGAUUGAGCACCCACGAAGCUACCUGGCAUGGAGUUCCUUUAGUUACCAUUCCAUUUUUGAUGGACCAGAAAACGAACUCAUAUGGAUCAGUUAUUGCUGGAGUUGCAGUCAGCGUUGAUGUUCAAACUAUGACUUCGAUGGACCUUGAAGCAGCUGUUCGGACAAUACUCGAAGAUCCAUCAUACACUGAACGAAUGAAAUUGCGGUCGCUUCGGUUUAAAACGCGUCCAAUGAAGCCAGUUGACGAAGCAGUUUGGUGGAUUGAAUACGUCCUAAAGGAUCCAAGUGCGACGCAUCUACGUUCGCCGGUUAUUGAGUUAGGUUUAUUUAAGGGAAACUGUGGAGAUCUUUUCUUGUGUUGUUUCUUUGUUUUAGUUUUAGUCCUCGUUAUUUUACGUUGUGUUCUUUCAAUUUUGUGUAGAUUUUUAAGCCCUAAAAAAUCCGGACAAAAGGUUAAGAAAAGUUAAGGGAAGGUUAUGAAAAAAUUGGCAAGGAAACUAUAUGUGAUUCUCGUGCCUAAAAUGAUGCUUGAACUGACAAAACUCACUCAAAUCCCUUUUUCGUCAAAUGGUUGUUAUUCAAUAAAGCUUUCGAUUUGAUUUAAUUUUGUA